AUGGCAGCCCCCUUCGCACGCCUGGCAUGCAACGGCGCCAAGCGUCUCUGCCUCCGCCAGCGAGCCCUCGCCACACCCUCCUUCCGCCCCCAACAACUCAGAUGCCUCUCCUCCACUCCCACACGGCGGUUUGCUGCGCCAGUCGAGAACCCCGCCACCACACGGCUAGUACCUGUUGACCCCAAUUUCGGCAACCCGGUGGAUACCGAUGCGAUGGGCGACGAGGCACCCGCUGAGGACCAUCCGUCGCAGCGCAAGAUCCGGCAUUAUACCGUCAACUUCGGCCCACAACAUCCCGCCGCCCACGGCGUGCUACGUCUGAUUUUGGAGCUGAGCGGUGAAGAGAUCGUGCGAGCGGACCCGCAUGUUGGGUUGCUGCACAGAGGCACGGAGAAGUUGAUUGAGUACAGGACGUAUCUCCAAGCACUACCCUACUUCGACCGCCUCGACUACGUGAGCAUGAUGACAAACGAGCAAUGUUUUAGUUUGGCGGUGGAGAAGUUGUUGAACAUUGAGAUUCCGGACCGUGCGAAAUGGAUUCGGACACUAUUUGGCGAAAUUACCCGGAUAUUGAACCACUUGAUGUCUAUCUUGUCUCACGCCAUGGAUGUUGGUGCCCUUACACCUUUCCUGUGGGGCUUCGAGGAGCGUGAGAAGCUUAUGGAAUUCUACGAACGCGUCUCCGGCGCUCGUCUUCAUGCCGCCUACGUCCGCCCGGGUGGUGUCGCUCAGGACCUACCAAUGGGUCUUCUAGACGAUAUCUACCAAUGGGCUACCCAAUUCGGCGACCGCAUCGACGAAACCGAAGAACUACUCACAGACAACCGCAUUUGGAUCGGCCGAACAAAGGGCAUUGGUGUCGUCUCCGCAGCAGACGCGCUCAACUACUCCUUCACCGGCGUCAUGCUCCGUGGGUCCGGCGUACCAUGGGACGUCCGCAAAAGCCAACCUUACGAUGCAUACGGCGAGGUCGACUUUGACGUCCCAGUCGGUGUGAACGGAGAUUGCUACGACCGCUAUCUAUGCCGAAUGGAAGAGUUCAGGCAGUCUCUUCGCAUCAUCUACCAAUGCUUGAACAAAAUGCCCCCAGGUCCGAUCAAGGUCGAGGACUACAAGAUUGCUCCUCCGCCGCGUGCGGCGAUGAAGGAGAACAUGGAGGCGCUUAUCCAUCACUUCCUGCUUUUCAGCAAGGGUUACACCGUCCCGCCGGGUGAGACCUACUCCGCCAUUGAGGCGCCAAAGGGCGAGAUGGGUGUGUUUGUGGUAUCCGAUGGCUCAGAGCGACCAUACAGGUGUAAGAUUCGCGCACCGGGUUUCGCGCAUUUGUCUUGCUUCGACCAGAUUUCGAGAGGGCAUUUGUUGGCAGAUGCGGUGGCGAUCAUCGGUACGAUGGAUUUGGUGUUUGGUGAGGUGGAUCGGUGA